ACUACGGUCUCGGAUGCAUCAUCCUACGAAUGCAACCGCACAGGCAAGUUGUAAUUGUAACCCUGUAAAGUUCUCAUCUAGUGCUGUAAGGCUAGCAUUCAUGUAUGCAUGUUAGUCUGACAGCAUUUUGAUAAUAGAUAAGGGGGGUUGCAAUUCCUAAACAUCCGAAAAUAGAUACUGUAAAAGGUCUUAUAUGAUCUGACGAGAAUGGACGCCGACGCGUCAUGCGGCAUUUAGGGAGGAUAGCCUAACAAUACAUAGGUCCAUCUAUCUAUGUACAUGCCCAUGGCAUUUUGAUUUAGAUCCUGCCUCCACUUUCGACAUGCCUUCCAUAAAAGUCAUUGAUUCUUGCCUGGUGCAACCGUUGGAUCCGAUGCUCUUCACCAACAAAGUUCGAUCGAUGUUCGAAGCAUAUCAUGACAGCACACGAGACUGAUGUUUUAAUCGUAGGAGGAGGGCCAACGGGGGUAACAUUAGCGCUCGAGUUGGCUGUUCAUAAGAUUCCAUUCCGUAUCGUCGACAGAGAAUUACAGAGAUCGGACAAGUCUAGAGCUCUAGGUAUUCAACCACGCACCCUAGAACUUUUAAAUCGGCAUGGCGAUGUUCGGAAACUCGUCUCACAAGGAAAUCUAAGCAGCGGUACUACAUUCUAUCUGAACGGAAAGAAGACGGCGGACAUCGAUAUAUCGGGUCUUGUGGAAGACUCGGUGUUCCCUCUCAUCCUCAUUAUCUCUCAGUGCGAAACAGAAACGUUCCUAGAUGGAUGUCUUGCGAAGCAUGGUUUCGCUGUCGAGCGAGGUCUCGAAGCAACAUCUAUCGUUCAAGAUCCUACCGGGGUCACCGUAAAACUAAACAACCCAGAUGGUGUUGAGGAGACUAUCCGCGCGAAGUACGUCGUUGGUGCUGACGGAGCACACAGCAGCGUGCGACGUGCUGCAACGGGCCUUACUUUCCAGGGUGCGGCCUACCCACAGGACUUCAUCCUCUGCGAUGCCCAUGUGAGGAACUCCAAAUUAGCCCGGAACCGAUUUUCUCUCUGCCUGGGCAGGGGUUCUCUUGCCGUUUUCCCGCUGAAAGAUGGCACAUGUCGAGUUGUAGUGUCCCGCAUAAACCCUAAGGUGGAUGUUGAGCCAAGACUAGAAGACUUUCAAGAAAUGUUGAAUCAGCUUCAUCCAGAUGCGGGAGAACUGCACGACCCUACUUGGAUCACUCAGUUCCAUCUGCAUCACAGGGGCGUGAAUAGCUACCGCGACGGUCGUCUGUUCGUCGCGGGCGACGCAGCGCACAUCCACUCCCCCGCUGGAGCUCAAGGCAUGAACACCGGUAUACAAGAUUCCAUAAACCUAGGAUGGAAGCUAGCGAAGGUGAUACGGGGCAAGCGACCAGAUUCGUUUCUCGACAGCUACGACCACGAACGCCGUCCGAUCGGCCAACAUUUACUUGAAACUUCCGAUAAAAUGUUCACUUGGGGUUGCUCUUCUAACCCCUUUUUCAUCUCCUUCCGCAACGUUCUGCUCACAUGGGUCUUACCCUGGUUUGUCAGUAGCCGGGAUCGUCGUGCCAAUAUCUUCAAAUUCAUAUCUGAAUUUGGCAUCAACUACCGAGACAGCUCCGUGGUGGGUACGGCAUCGGGGUACUCAGGGCCGGUGCUGGGGGGCGACCGUGCUCCGGAUAGGAUUAUCAAGAGCGCGGGUAGGGAAAGACAGUUCUUAGAGCUUAUCACGCCAGAUACGCAUCAUCUGGUACUUCUUUCAGGGGUUGGCGAUGAUGCUAUUACGGAACGGGCCAUACUAGAAGUUCAGUCAGUUUUCGCGAAGAAAAACUCGGACGAGGCUAAGGUGCACUUGAUCCUUGACGAAGCAGCCGAUGGACCAGAUAUUCCUGGGCAUAUCGAUGUUGGAAAUCAUUUACAUGGUCAGUUUGGUUGUUCCAAGCCUUCUUAUGUCUACAUUCGACCGGAUGGUUAUAUAGAGCAUAUUGGAUUCCUAUCAGAGUUCCAGACGCUAUUAGAAUGGCUUGAGUGAAAUUAGUUAAGUCCAAGGGACGGGUCGUUAUUCUUAGUGUGCCAUAUAUCUUACAACCUUGUCGCUCAAGUGUAUCCAAAUUGUACUUGAAGCAAGGCGUCACGGCAAGUCAGGUAUAUUAGGUAGAUAUCUGUCUAACACGACUUAUAAAUUACCCCUGAGUAGGAAC